AUGGAAACCUCUGAGCGCCCGAAUCCAGCGGAGAAAAGACUAAAUCUUCCGCUGACGGGUAUUUCUCGCACGAAAUCACGCUCCAAAGGUAUAAACUUCAACACAGUUUCACCAGGACAAGACACCAAGGCCGUGAGAGCUCCCACUCCAAGCAUAACUCCAAGCCCAGUGAAGAAAAAGCCCAUUUCAUCUCCACUCAAUCAUGAAUUCACCUUACCCAGCGCAGAUGAGCUUUCAAUGCUCGGCAUAGAUGAACAACUACGACUUCUCGCGUUGAAAGAAAUGGCUGUGGUUGAGAUCAAAGAUGGAAUCAGUGAUUUGGAGAACAAGCUCUUGGCCACCGAGCAGGACUUGGGCCAACUUCGACGUUUGAUUCAGCGGUCGCUCUAUCGCGAAAUGACACACAGUGGCCCAGGGAACGGUGUAGAAAACCAAAACCCCCAUCUGCGCCUGGAAGAAGAUCCGCUGUCCAAGCUAUGGUCGAAUUUGGCUAAACCCAUCUCAUUCAUACAGCUGCUAGAUGCACUUAUACAGCACGAGUUUGAAAAAUCGCUCGAACCCCCGGGAUUGCUGACAAAAGAUCACAGACUGACCCAAGAAAUGUCUCUGUCAGAAAAAGCGCUGCAAUCUACAACGUCGAAGGUACCACGAACCGGACGUGAUACUAAGAGGGUUCCAAGAGACUCUGCAUUAGCAAAUGGUACUGGUCCGCUACGUGAGGCGAGCAGGGAUAGAAGCUCUCUGACUAGGACGAGUUUACCUGGUACAACAAAAGAAAGGAAAUUAAGAGAUGCAACCCGAAAGCCCCUGUUGAAGGAAUUUUCGUUAAAAGAUUCAAAACAGAAUACAAACCUGGACCAUGACGGUACGACUAGCCAACUUUCUCGGAGGAAAUCAGAGCAUAGAUCCGAGCAUAGGCCGGAUUCCAGACCAGAAUAUAAACUCGAGCUCUCUCGCCCAUUAAAAGACAAAACUAACACGCACACACAAGAAUGGGCGAAACCACAGCAUGAAGACAUGUUUCAAGCCGUAUCCACAUCGUUGUGGACGUUUGUCAAUGACAUGAAGACUAAUAUGCUUGCCUCUUUGAAUGAAGAUUCACAAAGUGAUGGAGCAGCUGAGCAAGCAUCUCCAUCAACUUCUGAUCUCAUAUGCUUGAGCCCACAAGAGGAGGAGGAAGAGGAAGAAAGUGUUGAUUUGUCAAUGUACUCAUCCAUGCGAAGGUCAAAAGCAUCUAAUGCGACACGCUCAUAG